UUGGGUCCCUCCUCUUCUGGCCUCCAAAAAAUGGCGAGAAUCUCUACUGGCACCCUCCAUUUUCCAUGUUUGGAAGCUCCGUACAUUUCUCAUCGGAGGGUAGGAGUAGCAGCGACUUAUUUUGGAGGACCAAAAGGGGUUUUUCUUCUCCACCGCCCCUUUCAUACCAUUACCCCGAGAAGGAGGAGGAGGAGGAGAAUCAUGCCGGUUUUUCGUCCAUCUAACGCCUCAUCAUCGCUGGAAAUAAUCGGCGGUGCUGGCGAUUCAUGGGCGUCGGUGCUCAAAACGCUUCAGCGUCCCUACGUCCCAUUCCCACUGAUCGGCUGGAACUGCCACCUCGAGACCAUCUUUGCCGCCUUCUUCCGUUCCCUCCCCAACGUCAGAUUCCGGAGGGAGUGUUUGAGAACGAAGGACAAUGGCGUUGUCGCUCUCGAUUGGGUCUCUGGCGACGAUCGUCACCUUCCGGCUGAAUCUCCCGUCCUAAUUCUUCUGCCAGGUCUAACGGGGGGCAGUGGUGAUACUUACGUUCGGCAUAUGCUUGUUCGAGCAAGAAGUAACAGGUGGCGCGUGGUAGUGUUUAAUAGCCGUGGCUGCGGAGAUAGCCCUGUUACCACGCCCCAGUUCUAUUCUGCUUCAUUUAUUGAAGAUCUCCGUGAAGUGAUUAAGCAUGUUGCAGAUCGUUACCCUAUGGCAAAUUUAUAUGCUGUUGGCUGGUCUCUUGGAGCCAAUAUUCUUGUUCGAUACUUGGGUCAGGAAUCCAAUAGUUGCCCACUCUCUGGGGCAGUAUCCUUAUGUAAUCCAUUCAAUUUGGUCAUUGCCGAUGAGGAUUUCCACAAAGGCUUCAAUAUCAUUUAUGACAAAGCUCUUUCUAGAGCUCUUCGCAAAAUUUUCAAGAAACAUGCUCUCCUUUUUGAAGAUAUUGGAGGUGAAUAUAACAUUCCAUUGGUUGUUAAUGCUAAAUCUAUCCGGGAGUUUGAUGAAGGAUUAACACGGGUCUCAUUUGGUUUCAAGUCAGUAGAUGACUACUAUUCCAAUUCCAGCAGUUCAGACACCAUCAAAAAGGUGCAGAAACCUCUGUUAUGCAUCCAGGCUGCUAAUGAUCCUAUCGCACCAUCUCGGGGAAUUCCUCGUCAAGAUAUCAAGGAAAACCCAAAUUGUUUGUUGAUUGUUACCCCAAAAGGUGGCCAUCUUGGGUGGGUGGCAGGGAAAGGAGCUCCAAUUGGGGCUCCUUGGACUGAUCCUUUAGUGAUGGAAUUCCUAGAGCAACUUGAGAGAGGAAAUCUUGAUUCUUGUGAAACUGUAGCAUCCUUUAGGCAAUUGGAUAGUGCACAACAAUCUCUUGAGGGCUUGCACGAGCUAGAAGUGUAAGUAGCAGAUUAGCACUCAUUUGUUAUGAAAUUCUAUUGAUUUAUUUGAAAUGUAAACUGUUAAUUUGAUGUGUAAAGCUUGAAGCUUGUGCUCCUUACAAGAGGGGCCCGUGCACUUGUUACUAGCUUAGGAUAGGGUGAUGAUAGUUAUGUGAUCUUAUAUCUCUGAAAAGUUAUUUGAGGCCUAUUUUGCCUCUACAUAAAUCUUGUAAAAAAAUUUCCAUGGAUCAGAGCCAAGAGGUCUC